ACGUGUAUUUUUCCGGUCCUUGUCCCGUUCUAUAGCUUCACGAAGUCGGCGAAGAAUAGCGCACGGUUAAAGUAAUAUCCCAGUGAUAGUUUCAAAAUGCUAGGAUCACUUAAAUUAUUUUUAUAUUUAGCUGUUAUUUAUGUAUGUAAAGCCACAGAGGAAGAUGUCCUAGAGCUUACAGAUUCAGACUUCAGUAGUGCCAUAGCCCAACAUGAUACGGCUCUUGUCAUGUUUUACGCUCCAUGGUGUGGCCAUUGCAAGAGAAUAAAACCGGAAUACGCGGUUGCUGCCGGUGUUUUAAAAGAUGAUGACCCACCCGUGGCGUUGGCCAAAGUGGACUGUACUGAGGGGGGUAAAGGCACCUGUGAGAAGUACUCAGUGUCUGGAUACCCAACACUUAAAAUAUUCCGGAAAGGAGAACUUUCACAAGAAUACAAUGGUCCUAGAGAAUCAAAUGGCAUUGUAAAAUUCAUGCGCGCCCAAGUUGGUCCGAGCUCCAGGGAACUUCUCACUCUGGCCAGUUAUGAGGCGAUGCUUGCAAAGGAUGAAGUUGUAGUCAUCGGCUUCUUUGAGAAAGAGACAGACCUCAAGGGUGAAUUCCUAAAGACUGCGGACAAGAUGAGGGAAGAAAUCACCUUUGGGCACUCGUCUACUGAGGAAGUGUUGAAGAAGGCUGGAUACAAAAAUAACGUCGUUCUCUACCGCCCCAAGCGUACGCACAACAAAUUUGAAGAUUCGUCCAUCGUUUACAACGGCGAGGGUUCGCUCAAGGCCUUCAUCAAGGAUAACUACCACGGCCUGGUCGGUCUGCGUCAGAAGGAGAACAUCAACGACUUCAGCAACCCGCUGGUCGUCGCAUACUACGAUGUGGACUACGUGAAGAAUCCCAAGGGCACCAACUACUGGAGGAACCGUAUGUUGAAGGUUGCCAAAGAGAUGUCCGAAGUGACGUUCGCUAUCAGCGACAAAGACGACUUCGUCCAUGAGCUCAACGACUACGGCAUCGACUUUGCGAAGGGCGACAAACCCGUAGUUGCCGGCAAGGAUAUCGAUGGAAACAAAUUCGUCAUGAGCAAAGAAUUCAGCAUAGAAAACGUGAUUGCUUUCGCCAAGGACCUUCUAGAUGGGAAACUAGAGCCGUUCAUUAAGUCUGAACCUCUACCAGAGAAGAACGAUGGACCAGUUAAGGUUGCUGUGGGCAAGAACUUCAAGGAACUGGUGACUGACAGCGGCAGAGAUGCUCUCGUCGAGUUCUAUGCACCUUGGUGUGGACAUUGCCAGAAACUUACUCCGGUGUGGGAGGAGCUUGGUGAGAAGCUGAAGGACGAGGAGGUUGAUAUCAUUAAGAUGGAUGCCACCACAAACGACUGGCCCAAAUCCCUCUACGAAGUGUCUGGCUUCCCCACCAUCUACUGGAAACCCAAGGACACAAAUAAGAAACCUGUCAGAUACAAUGGCGGCCGUGCUGUUGAAGACUUCAUCAAAUAUGUAUCCGAAAACGCCUCCAGCGACCUCAAAGGCUUUGACAAGAAAGGCAAUGCACUGAAGGAUGAAUUGUAGACAAUACUAUCCAUGAAAGAUCUGUGUGUGCAUGAGAUGAAUGUAUGUGGUGUGCAAGAGUUCACUCGCACAUAUUAAAAUCUAUUUUGUUAUAAUACUACAAUGUAGUCUAAGAGCGUAAGGAACAUUUUAGUAACGUUUUGGAAUACCUAUCAUCAAUGUAUUUCAAACGAUGCUGAUAAAAAAGCUUUUCUUGGUGUCAUUCCAUUUGUUUAUGAGUGAGUUACUGAGAUUUAUCAUUUAAAUUUGGGUGGUAGUCAUUGUUGUAUGAGAGUGAGAUGAUAUUGUAUGUAUAAUUUGUGUAUUAACAUUAUAUUAAUUAAUAUUCACCAACCAAGGUUUUUCAUAGACCCUAAAUAAUGAAGCGGAAUCAGAAAACCGAUUCUAACAGUGAAUUAAAUACAGUAAUUCUUAUUUGCAUUUCUUAUUUUGUCAGUGUAACACUUAAUAAAUUAGGAAUUAUUUAUAAUAAAA